GACAGGAACCUGAGACCACAGCAGAUCCCUUCACCCUGAUCACACAGUCCGGGAGAGAUCACCCCCAACCCCCCCACCCCCCACGUCCCUCAGCAAGAAAACAAACCUGAGUUUGUGGGGAUUCGGUCGAGUCUGGAAAACGAACGCGAUUUAAACCCUGCCGGAUUCCCACCCGGUGUAAGGAGUGAAACCGGUUGAAGUCAAUGACCUCGAUGUGAAUGCACCUGCCAGUACAAGCCAGGGGUUUUCCUGGUGUGUGCGGUGGGAGGAAAAAUACCCCACACGCAUAUACUGAUCCUGAAGGAAUUCCCCCACGAGUCAAGGAGCAAGAGGCGAUAUGGUUCCUGGGAUUCAGCACAGCCUUUUUCUGUACCUGAUACUCUCCUGCUUUCACCCAUCACAGGCUGCGCAGGGUUGCCUGAACAGACAGAAAGUUCUAACUGCCAUCCGACAAAUGCAACAGUUUCUAAAAGGACAAGAAAACCGUUUUACUGAUGGAAUUCGACACAUGAAAGCCAAGCUCUCAGCCUUACAGACGUCUGUGACCAAACUGACAGCAGACCAACCCUCAGUAACAUUGUGCCCUUCGCUGGAGGCUCCCAAUCAUGGCAAGAAAUUUGGUUCCAGAUACAGGAUGGAUCAUGAAGUGCACUUCGUCUGUCAGCCAGGCUACCAGCUCAUUGGCUCCAGCACCAGAGUAUGUCAGCCCGAUGGGAGCUGGACUGGGGAGAAUGCUAAUUGUACAGAAAUGAAUGAAUGCGUCAGCAACCCCUGCCAAAAUGGAGGAAUCUGUGUGGAUGCUGUGAACCAGUACACGUGCUCUUGCCCAAACAGCUGGACAGGACGCCACUGCCGUUAUCCAGUGCAGACAGCUCCUGUUGCUGUAGAAUGGAGUGCGAGUGUGUUAAGUGACCUGUCUUUUAGUCGGAAGCCCCGUUGUGCAAAGGUUGAAAGGACCCAACACUGCAGCUGUGAUGCCGGGUUCCAUAUGAGCGGGAUCAGUGAGGACAGUGUGUGUCAAGAUGUGAAUGAGUGCGAGGUUUUCCAACUGGGAGGGCUUGCCAGACUCUGCAUGCACACCUGUGUUAACAUCCCUGGGUCCUACCGUUGUACUUGUCCUCCUGCAUACAAACUUCGCAAUGAUGGCAGGAGCUGUGACGAUAUAGAUGAGUGUGCAACAUUACAACACAACUGCACAAGAGAGGAGACUUGUAUCAACACAGGAGGAGGAUUUCAGUGUGUUAAUCCACAGUGUCCAGAACCUCAUGGAAAUGUCAGCUAUGUUAAAACGUCACCAUUUCAAUGUGAACGUCACCCUUGCCCUAUGAACAGCAAAUCCUGUCAUCAUGCUGCAAAGACCAUUUCCUUCCAUUACCUGUCCUUGCCCUCAAACCUGAAACCUCCAGUCACCCUGUUCCGUAUGGCCACAGCUGCUGCUCCCGGAAGGCCUGGACCAGACAGCCUGCGGUUUGGCAUUGCAGGAGGAAGCAACCAGGGGCAGUUUGUAAUCCAACGAUCGGACAGACAGACGGGUGAGCUCAUUCUUGUUCAGCCUUUGAAAGGACCUUGCAUCGUAGAAGUGGAUGUGGACAUGUCUGAAUACCUCGAUCGCACUUUCCAGGCCAAGCAUAUGUCAAAAGUCACACUUUUUAUCUCGGCCAAUGGAUUUUGAGAAAAUAUUCAGAGACCACUGAUAUUUGGCUCAUGGGAUUCGUUUGAAUUGUGACUUUUAUUGUGAGAGAUAAUGAAUUAGCAGCCAGAGAGAAAGAUACUUUAUUAGCGUGCAAAUGCUACAAUGUAAUGAUGAGAAAGUGUUACCACGUACAAUUUGGACUGAAUCCUAUCUAUUACCUGUUACUCUUUAAUUGUAAGUGUUGUGCUAUGAUCAGCUGACUUCACCAAAUUCUGUCAUUGUAGAUAGCGCAACUCUUUUAGAAUUUGUGUGAGCCUCCCUGUUUAUCAUACAUUGCUUGUUGGCCAUAGAUCUGAAUACCAUGUGUCUCUGGUUUCCCUGUUCAUUACUGAUCUCCUGUUUGCCAUACAUCCCAUUUACCAUUAAGUGUCCCAUGUUCCAUGGAAUCUCCAUCAAUCAACUGGAAUAUAUUCUGAAAGGAAAUGAGGAUACCACUCAGCCAAGUCAACAUUGCACACAGCAACCAAAUACUGAAGAAAACCAAACCCUGGCCUGAUAUUUACUCCCAUUCCUUACAAACAGCUCCAAUAAUUUGGCUUUUCUUUAACCAUGGGCUAUUUGCUACAAACAAGUUAAUCUACUAUUGUGUACUGUACAACACAAUGCAGUGUUUAAUCUCCAUCAGGCACUUAAUAAAAGCAGUGGGGUACAAUGAGAAAAAUAACCACGACUCCCAAACAAGAUGCAAAAAGAAAAUUCACUCAUUGAUCAUCACUAAACUGCCUGACUUUAUUAGAACAGUAGAACAAUGUAAUGGUCUGAUGCUGUUAGUUUUUUUACUAUAUUUUCAAGAGCUGGUAGCCAGAAGUUAUUUAUGGGAUUAUAGCUUCGCACAGGAAGUUCUAAAAGGGUUUCUUAUAGAAGGUCUUAACUCCUGUGCCAGGCAUUGUUUAUUCCAAUUGUUUUUAAUAAAAAUAUUUCACACUA